CUCACCUCUUGCCCGGAACUCGCACAAUCAAAAUGGCAGCUCCAAUAACCCCUCAACAGUCAAUACACCCAUACCACACCUCCUCGACAUUAGAGCCCUACAAAAUCCCCACCAACACCUACAUAUCCCAAAACGCUUCCGACCAUCUCGUCGGCGUCCUCAGCGCAUCUGUAAUAAUCCACAGAGGUCGAGUAUUGCUUAUACAACGUAUUGCAGACGACGACUGGCCCAAUGUCUGGGAAGUACCCGGUGGCGCGGCAAACGAUAACGAAACAAUCCUUGAUUGCGCUGUGCGCGAGCUCCGGGAGGAAACUUGCCUCCGUGCAUCGGCUGUCACUGCUAUGCUGGGCGAGUUUGAGUGGCUUGACAGCAAUUCUGGGCCGAGUGACCUUCCUGGAAGGGGGAAGUGGAAGGUAUUUAUUUUCAGGGUGGUGGUUGAUGGAUCGGAUCAAGAGCAGUUAGAAGUAACGAUCGAUCCUAAGGAGCAUAAAGCUCAUCUAUGGGUUACUGAAGAGGAAGUUAGGAGUGAUUUAUGUGGGGAUGUGAGGUUGGAAUGGAUUUCUUUGAAUCAGAAGAAGACGAUACUAGAGGCAUUUAAACAUACUGGAGCUGCUCAUCAUGGUCUCUAGUUUACUCUGGUGUUCAUCUUGCGAAGCUGGCUCACUUAGAAGUAUCGUGAAGCAUCUCAUCUCCUAGAAUUCAUGCAAAUUGAACAAGUAUCUCCCAACAUCGCAUUAGGGACUAUAUUAUUAAGCGAGUUCAUAUGUUCAAUCAGGUUCGUUUAUUUGAUAGGGGCUGUAUUACCGUCGCGUCCC